UGGGCUAGUUGCAGAGGCGAAACGAAAUACGACGUGGACAACAAUAAUCCAUUUGAUGAAGCAAAGAGAACAAAAUUCAAACGCUAUUCGAUUUUAUAAGCUAGUGUUACCACAGUUCGGAGCAGUAACUGGAGGGACUGACAAAUAAUAAUAAUAAUAAUAAUAAUAAUAAUAAUAAUAAUAAUAAUAAUAAUAAUAAUUGGUUAAAAAAAGUUGCAACGUUUUGCCAACUACGUAAUCUCACUGGACAUGAGAAAGAGGAGAGAAGAUUUGGUUAAACACGCGACGUUGGGAAAGCAAAAAAGAUAUUUUUGGAACGUUCCUCGAGUUUUCCGUGCUUGUUAACAUAACUUUAUACAAUUGAAGACGGCCCAUAUCACAAGAUUACUUAGAGUACUGCUGAACUAGAAUUACUCUUGGCAAUUAAUGGAGUGGUCAUUGUUCUGAGAACAGACCUGAUACAUUCAACAGUGUUUAGCAAAUAACAUUUUCAAAAUUUAAGGACAAAUCUUAAUUAAUUAUUUGCAGAAGUGAAUUGGGUGUCGAGUGUGGUUAUAUGAAUUCAUAUUAAUCCGUAUCGAUGCUGAGUAAAAAAAAAACUUGAACAAAAUAUGUUGCAAGUUGCAUUAAAUAGGAUGUUUAUGCAAAACAUGUAACUGAACCACAAAGCUAUACAAUACUAUACCAAAUACCUACAAUAUUCGUUCAGUAUGGAUAUAAGCGAUGGUACAGGUAGGUGGGAUGGGCUAGGGAGCAGAGACAUAAGCACCAGAGAAAUUGCAAUGGAAAACGUGAGUCAAGAAGUGUUGAGCAGAGCUGAAAAGAUUGGCCCCAUUUGUGAAGAGGUCAUUCAACCACUUCGAUCGCCUGUCCGCUCUCCCGAUGACUUGAACUGGAUGCUGGCCCGGCUGCUGAUGUUGUCCCGGAGGUGUCCAUAUGCUGACGUCAGAGAGAAGUGCUUAUCCGUGCUGCAAAACGUGCAGGACAUUGGUGUUCGAAUUCCAAGGCCACUGGGACAGGGACCAAGCAGAUUUAUCCCUGAAAAAGAGAUACUUCAAGUAAGUAAAGUGAAUGCUAAGACGCAGGUGAUUUUUGAAGACGCCUUUGCUGCCUUGGGUCGCCUUGACAACAUUUCUCUGGUAAUGGGGUUCCACCCUCAGUACCUGGAGAGCUUUCUUAGGACACAGCACUACCUGCUGCAGAUGGAUGGUCCCCUUUCACUCCAUUGCCGGCACUACAUUGGGAUCAUGGCUGCAGCCAGGCAUCAGUGCUCCAAUCUGGUGAACUUGCACGUGAAUGAUUUCCUUCAAGUGGGAGGGGACCCCAAGUGGCUGAAUGGUUUGAAAGAUGCCCCACAGAAGCUGCAGCAUUUGGGGGAGCUGAAUAAAAUACUGGCCCACCGACCUUGGCUUGUCACAAAAGCUCACAUCGAGCAACUGUUGAAGGCUGAAGAGCACAGCUGGUCCCUGGCCGAGCUCAUUCACGCAGUGGUCUUGCUCACACACUACCACUCGCUGGCCUCCUUCACGUUCAGUUGUGGAAUCAGCCCUGAAAUCCACUGUGACGGAGGGCACACUUUCCGACCCCCUUCCAUCAGCAACUACUGCGCCUGCGACAUCGCCAAUGGAAACGGGACGCUGGACGAGAUUCAAGGCAACCAUGCGUUGACUGACACCCCUUGUGAGGUGGAGGCACUAAUGGAGAAGAUGAAGCAGCUACAGGAAUGCAGAGAUGAGGAAGAGGCGAGUCAAGAGGAGAUGGCAACCCGCUUCGAGAGGGAGAAAACUGAAAGCAUGCUGGUAGCCGCUGCAGAGGAUGAAGAUUCAGUGCCAACCAGGGACGUCUCCCGUCACUUUGAAGACCCGAGUUACGGAUACAAAGACUUCUCAAGACGCGGGGAGCAUGUGCCUACGUUUCGUGCUCAGGACUACAGCUGGGAGGACCACGGCUACUCCUUGGUGAAUCGUCUUUACCCUGAUGUGGGUCAGCUGCUGGAUGAGAAGUUCCAGAUCGCAUACAACUUAACAUACAACACCAUGGCGAUGCACCAGGACGUGGACACCUCCAUGCUGAGAAGGGCAAUCUGGAACUACAUCCACUGCAUGUUUGGAAUAAGAUACGACGACUAUGAUUAUGGGGAAAUCAAUCAGCUGUUGGAUCGCAGCUUUAAAGUUUACAUCAAGACCAUGGUCUGCAGCCCGGAGAAGACCACCAAAAGAAUGUAUGACAGCUUCUGGAGGCAAUUUAAACACUCUGAGAAGGUACAUGUAAAUUUGCUUCUUAUGGAAGCUCGUAUGCAAGCAGAGCUGCUCUAUGCUUUAAGAGCAAUUACUCAUUAUAUGACAUGAAGUGCUAUUUUGGGACGCGUCGAGGGAAUCUGACUGGUACGUACUGUAGAUCUUCAUUGUGGAUGCUGAGUCACCUGAACCAGGAGUUGGUUAACUGGCUGUGAAUUCCAUUGUGCCAUAAUGUGCUGUGGAUGCAUCAAGGCUAAUACUCUGAGGUUGGCUUCAGCGGAAGGUAUGGAUAGACGACUGUGUGAAGAAUCAGCAAACUUCAGUAUUCAGUUUCAUCUGUACAACAUGUGCAACUUUUAAGUCUUUGUAGCAGUGCACCGAGCUGCAUUGAGUAUUUAAUAUCAUUGUAUUGUGUUUAACGUUGAUAUUGAAACAGGAGUUUAAAUGCAUUAAUCGGUGAAAGAAAUGGGGCUUUGAAAUGUGUGCUUGAUGUGUAAUGUGAAGAUGCAGCUACUGUACUCUUCCUUGUCAGUGGAAUUGUUUGACCACUGGCUGUCCAUGUAAGCUAAAACAAAUGAAAGUGAAAAAAACACUGCAACUGAGCCUGUCUGGUGUUGACUGUAAGAAACAGCUGGUAUUGUAUUGUGAAUUAUUGUAUUCCUUUUUUUUUGGCUAAAACUUUGGAAUUUUAAAACUUCUCAAUUUGCAAUUUGAAGCGUGAGACCAUUUCUGCUGUAUGUGUGUGUGUGUAUAUAUAUAUAUAUAUAUAUAUAUAUAUAUAUAUA